AUGGAUGCUCCGAGGAGAGUUACCAUCAAGGAAGCGGGUGCACCGGAUUAUGUCCUUCAACCCCUUCACGUAACUCACCCCAACUUGAAUGCUAACUUUGAAUUGAAGACCGCUUUGAUCAACCUCCUACCUAUGUUUCAUGGGCUUCCCGCACAAGAUCCUAUUCGACAUCUCAAGGACUUCCAUCGCAUAUGUUCAACUACUAGACGUGAAGGGUCCGAUGAAGUUGCUAUAUGGUUGUUUGCUUUCCCUUUCUCUCUUGAAGACAAGGCUAAAGAAUGGUUCUACACCCUCUCUAGUGAAGUUACCUCCGAUUGGGACUUGCUUAGAAGGGGAUUCUUGGAUAAAUUCCUACCCCCGGAAAAGAUGGAUAGGUUAAGGAAGGAAAUGUCUUGUAUUGUGCAAGGUGAGACGGAACCACUCUAUGAGUAUUGGGAACGGUUUCGCAAACUAAUAGAUGCAUGCCCCAAUCACAUGCUUGACACUCAAGUAUUGCUUGGAUACAUAUGUCAAGGGAUGCGAGAGCAAGAUAGAACCCUCUUGGACACUUCUAGCAAUGGUUCUUUGUCCAAGUAUAAAACUGCGGAGGAGGCAUGGCAACUUAUUAUUGACUUGGCCGAAUCCAAUCAACAUGUGAGGCGAAGAGUCAACCGUCCAAGGACCGUGAAUGAGGUAUCAACUAGUAGUGAAACCACCGCUCUAACUCAAUCCUUGAAUGAGAUGACAUCCAUCUUGAAGCAACUCCAAUUGAACCAACAACAACCACAACCUCAAUCAUACCAACAACACCCUCCACCACCUCAACAACACAACCAACAAUUGGUCCCUCAAAAAGUAUGUGGCAUUUGCUCUUGCUACUCUCACUACACGGAUGAGUGCCCAAGCCUUCAAGAAGACAAUACCUUGGCGGCUACCCACAAUUUCUAUGAUCGCCCCAAUCAAGGAUACUACCAAGGCGGCCAAAAGGAACUGCAAAACACACUUGCUUCCGGUCUCACCGGUCUCACCUCUACACUACAAGCUCUUCUUGCACGCAUGGAUACACCGUCAACGUCCACUCCUCAACCCCCAAUCCAAAGCGUCAUUCCCUCUCAACCUCAACCAAAUCCAAAGGGAGGCAUCAAUGCCAUCACCCUUAGAUCCGGUACGCAACUAAAAGGGAAGGAAGCAAAGGAUUCAAGCCCUAUCACAACCGCUCAAGAAGAGGAGAGAGUAAAUAUAGAAGAAGUAGUGGAAGAAGAGACACCACAAGCCAUAAUUGAGGAUGAGAUCCAACCAACAAGAGAGACAACCAAGGCCAAAAGGACCUUGGAAGAGGAAGUUGCUCAACCACUCCCAUUCCCAACACUUGCAAAGAAAGCUAAAAAGCGCAUAGAAUUUGACCCCAAAAUGGUGGAAGUAUUCAAGAAAGUUGAGGUAACCAUCCCCCUCCUCGAUGCUAUCCAUCAAGUUCCUAGAUAUGCUAAAUUUCUCAAAGACUUAUGCAUACAUAAGGACAGAAUUCUUGAAUUGGAAACCAUUCCAUUGGGGAGUACUAUUUCCGCUUUAAUGGGAACACUACCCAAGAAGUGUGAUGAUCCGGGUCCUUGUAUGGUUACUUGCACAAUCAAUGGAGUUCACUUCAAAGAUUGCAUGUGUGACCUUGGAGCAUGUGUUAGCAUCAUGCCACUAUCCGUCUACCGGUUAUUGAACUUGCCACAACUAAAAAGGUCAACGGCAAGAUUUGUCUUAGCGGACAAGAGCAUAAUAACCGUAGCGGGUGUUGCGGAAGAUGUAUUGGUGAACAUAAAAGGGUUGAUAUUCCCCAUUGACUUCUAUGUCCUUGAAAUGCCAUCAAGCGAAACCGAGAGAGCAUCGUCUAUCUUACUUGGAAGACCAUUCUUGAGAACUUCUAGAUUUAAACUUGAUGCUUACUCGGGGAAUUACUCAUUUGAAAUAGACGGGAGAAUUGUAAGCUUUAGCCUAGAGGAAGCAAUGAGGCAUCCACCGGAGAACCACUCUUUGUUUCAGUGUGACCCAAUCGACAACAUAGUGGACGAAGUGCAUUUAGCAAAGUUAGAUGAGAAGCAUAUGGGUGAAGAAGCAAAUGAAAAGUCAAGCGAACUAAACACCACACAUCAUGCAACUCAUCCGGAAACUCAAACCUCAAAGGAAAAUAAAAAGAUGGAAUUGAAGCCACUACCACCUCAUUUAAGGUACUCAUACCUUGAUGAAGCCCAAGAGCUACCCGUGAUAAUAGCCCAAGAGCUAACUCCUCAACAAGAAGAGAAAUUGCUUAAUGUGUUGAGAAGAAACAAAAAGGCAAUCGGAUGGAGUUUGGCGGAUCUAGUGGGAAUAAGCCCCAAAGUAUGCGAGCACCGCAUAUUCCUUGAAGAAGGAGCAAGACCGGUGCGGAGCGGACCAAAUAGUGCGACGGUGCAUACCCCAAACCGAAUUCCAAGCAAGCUUGGAAUUCGCUUGCCAUUCUUCCGAAGGCGGUGGCCACUACGGCCCCCAAAGAACGGCAAGAAAGGUCCUUGA